AGGGACUGUCGUUAUGUAGCGUUAUUUUAUAUUUUAUUUUAAAAUUUCGUCAAAUAUAAAAUGCUAACGUUAUAGUGGGUUGGUAAAGUGAUCAAAUAUGUGUCGUGAUAGUGAUUUACAUAAUAAUCGUUUUAUUGAAGUGUAGUGUCCAUCAUGUUUCGAUGUAUACCUUUGUUCAAAUGUAAUCGUCAAGUGGAAUGUGUAGACAAGCGGCAUUGCUCGUUGCCAACUGUGCCUGAAGACAUUUUACGGUACUCUAGGAGUUUGGAAGAACUGUUUUUGGAUGCAAACCAUAUUAGGGAUUUACCUAAGAAUUUCUUCAGGCUACAUCGGCUAAGGCGAUUAGGUUUAAGUGAUAAUGAAAUUCACAAGCUACCAUCAGAUAUUCAGAAUUUCGAAAAUUUAGUUGAGCUUGAUGUUUCCCGCAAUGACAUUCCCGACAUCCCCGAAGACAUCAAGAAGCUGCGAGCGUUGCAGAUCGCGGACUUCAGCAGCAACCCCAUCCCGCGGCUGCCGGCCGGCUUCAGCCAGCUCCGGGCGCUCACGGUGCUGGGGCUCAACGACAUGUCCCUCACCAGUCUACCCAGCGACUUCGGAAGCCUGGUGUCCCUGCAAUCAUUGGAGCUGAGAGAAAACCUGCUAAAGUCGCUGCCCGAGUCCUUGAAGAACCUCACCAAACUUGAAAGGCUCGAUCUCGGCGAUAAUGAAAUCGAGGAAUUGCCCGGGUUCAUUGGCGAACUGCCCGCCCUCCAGGAAUUAUGGCUGGAUCACAACAAGCUCCAGUAUUUACCCGGCGAGAUAGGCAACCUAAGAGCCCUUGUCUGCUUAGACGUCAGCGAGAACAAACUGGAGAAGAUUCCAGAAGAAAUAGGUGGUCUGUUCUCCCUCACCGACUUGCAUUUAUCACAGAAUAUGCUGGAAACAGUACCGAACGGUAUUGGCGAUUUGGAGAAGCUGACUAUACUCAAAUUGGACCAGAACAGAUUGCACACUUUAAAUGAGAACGUAGGAAGGUGUACAAAUUUACAAGAGCUCAUACUGACUGAGAACUUUCUAAUGGAGCUGCCGAGGUCGAUAGGAAAUCUGAACGAGUUGACCGUGUUGAAUGUGGAUAGGAACUCCCUGGUGGACAUCCCGUGUGAGAUCGGGAACAUGACGCUCCUUGGCGUGCUGAGUCUCAGGGACAACAAACUGACAAAGUUGCCGAACGAAUUAGGAAACUGCAAAUCCCUCCAUGUAUUAGAUGUUAGUGGUAAUCGGUUACAAUAUCUGCCAUAUACAUUAGUUAAUUUGGAAUUAAAAGCUGUGUGGUUAUCGGAGAACCAGGCUCAACCCUUGCUGACUUUCCAAACGGACAGGGAUGAGACAACGGGAGAGAAUGUAUUGACUUGCUUUUUGUUACCUCAACUGAGUUAUACACAGCAACCAGAGUUGGAACACACAUCAGAGAUCGGCAGUGGCACGUGGUUCAGGGAACACAGGUUUAAUUCGCAGUCGCAGGAGCUUGAUAGGAUACGAGAGUCAACGCUGCCACGUGAUCGCGACUCUGAUGACGACUGGCAGGAGAAGGAAGCUUCCAGAACGAUCUCAGUCAAAUUCUCAGAAGACACGUCUGAAGCGAAAGAGGUGGAACCCGUUCAGGAAUACGACGCUGAAGAGACGGCCGACUCGUUCUUCGGCACGCAAAUGCUAGGGCUGCGACGACCCUUGAAUGUAGUGCGGAAGAUAGUCACCUCGCAACGGAGGAGCUCGCUACAGAGACUCUCCUCCUCGAUCACUAACCUCACAGAGACCCCGUUCGUCCGACAAAACACGCCACAUCCGAAGGAACUGAAGGCAAAAGCAGUGAAGUUGUUUACGAGAACACCGGAGCAGACCGCCCCGCAGAACGAAGCGCCAAUCACAAAUGGCGUCAUACCAACACCGGAUCUGAUAACCAAUAGCGUACAGGCACCACAGGUAACGCCCACACCGGUUGUACAACAGCCUACGGUAGUACCCGAUACAGAAAGAGACGAUGAUAGCGACAGUCAAACAGCACAAGAGAAAGACUCUUCGGAGGACGAAGAUGACGACAACGACGAAUCCGACGAACUCGAGCACUCGCAGGGGCGCCGCGUAGCGUGGCAGGGGGUCAAUGACACGGGGGCACCGCCCUCGGCCGGGGGGCGUCUCCACCGACGAGACACUCCCCACCACUUGAAGAACAAACGGAUCAGCCAAGUGGACGCGACCCGCGCCAGGGAAAUUAUCGCUCAGGCGAUCAAGAAACGCGAACAACCCGAGUCUGAACCUAAAAUCCAUGAUGAGGAGCCCAUCGAUGAUGUACCUGAUGGUGAAUCAGUAUCGGACCGUCCGGACAGUGAGGCGCGGAUACCAGGCGAGCAGCGAUGCAUGGAGGUGAGGAUCGCGCGCGCGGCCGGCGGCCUGGGACUCAGCAUCGCCGGCGGACGAGGCUCCACGCCCUACGUCGGGGACGAUGAAGGAAUAUUCAUAUCGCGGGUGACCCCCAACGGACCUGCGUACAUGGCUGGACUCAGGGUUGGUGAUAAAGUUCUUUCGGUGAACGGUACUUCGGUUAUAUCGGUCGACCACUACUACGCGGUGGAAGUACUGAAGGCUAGCGGCCCCACUCUCACAUUGGUGGUCACCAGAGACUCACCGACAUCCACAAGGACACACAGUAGAGCGCCAAGCGGAGCGAGUCAUCACUCUGUGUCCAGCACUACUGAUACGAUCUCCACCCUGGACAAUGGACAGAUCCCGACCGGUCGUGGCGUAACACUGAAACCGUUAAUCAUCAGCAACCAGUACGCGCAAGAGUUGGAGCCGGAACAGAAGGAGCCCGUCAUCAGCCUCGUGCCCGUGAAGCAGGCUCCGUCCCCCACGGGCCCCCGGAGACCUCAUGCUGACCCGCCACUCACGAAGCCCUACGUACCGCCAGCCUACCAACAGAAGGUGCUGGUGCACACCACCCUGAUCCGCGACGGCGCGGGGCUCGGGUUCAGUAUCGCGGGCGGGGGGGGGUCGCCGCCCUACCGCCACGACAGCGACGCGCUCUACGUGUCGCGGAUAUCGCCGCACGGGGCCGCCGCCAAGGACGGCAAGAUGCUCGUCGGAGAUAGACUCGUCUCCAUAAACGGCGUCGACAUGGAGAAGGCCACGCACGACACGGCAGUGUCCCUCCUCACGGGCCACGAGCGGUUUGUGAGGCUGGUGCUGCAGAGGACUAUCACACCAGAACAAGCGGAGAUACUAUCGAGAAAGUCAACAUCGGAAGAAGUGAGAGAGCACAAAACUAGUCUCACCAACCUGAGCGUCACUAAACCGAUCACCAAUCACAUAGCACCACCACCGAUCACCAAUCACUCGACACCAAUCACAACCCACGCCGCACCGCGCGUCACGCCGCAUAUCGCACCGCAACUUAUACAACCGCAAACGCAAAAUACGCUCCCGAAACCGCAAUCGUUGAAGUUCGCACCGCAGCCCGCGCCCAGGAAACUGAGUCAGACUAACGGAACGGCGGGAAUCAAACCGGCAACUAACAGUACGAGCACGCCAAUAACCCCGGGGGCGAAUAAAUUGCACGGUUCUAGCGACGACGUAUUCGACGAUAUACAGCCCUCUCGCCCGAUCACAAACGAGGAAUUCCAAGCGAUGAUACCGGCGCACUUCUUGGGCGGACCCCGCGAGGCAACCGAACCCCCAGAGCGAGGGGUCCGAAUCACCGUGGAGAGGCCUAACGCCGGGGUCAUGUUACCGCCAGCACCUUCGACCCUCGGCCGCGUCACCGAGACCAUCACAAAGUCGACAUUCACCGAGACGACAGUAACCAGGAUCACCGAUAACCAUCUCGAGGCGCCGCUCAUCAUAGAAGAUGUGACGCUGUUGAAGGAAGGUGGAUCGCUGGGUUUCAGUAUAAUUGGUGGGACGGACCAUUCUUGUGUACCGUUCGGAGGCAAGGAACCUGGGAUUUUCAUCUCCCACGUAGUCGCGGGUGGUGUGGCCGCGCGCUCUGGCAAGCUUCGGAUGGGCGACCGCCUCGUCAGAGUGAACGGCGCGGAGCUCACAGGAGCCUCCCACCGGGACGCCGUGCAGCUGCUGCUGCAGCCGGGGACCACGCUGACACUCACCGUGCGCCACGACCCGCUGCCGCCUGGCUUCCAGGACUUGACGAUAAUAAAACAAGAGGGUGAGAAGUUGGGGAUGCACAUCAAGGGUGGUCUGAACGGUCAACGUGGGAACCCCAACGAUCUGAAUGAUGAGGGGGUGUUCAUAUCGAAGAUCAAUAGUGGCGGAGCUGCCAGGAGGGAUGGUAGACUUAAGGUGGGCAUGCGUCUCCUGGAAGUGAACGGUGUGUCUCUGCUCGGAGCGACUCACAACGAGGCGGUGAACGCGCUCCGCUCAGCUGGCAACGCUCCGCUGCACCUCGUCGUGUGUCACGGAUACUCCAGACCUGAUAAAUACACGACUGGAAGCGAGAGCGGGACGGCAGAAACCGGCGGCUCUCUUUCUCAUUCCACCUCGAGUCUAGACAAGGAUGAUACACUCAAUCAGGAGCAGCACGUCCUACAGGAUUUAGUGGAAUUUGAACAAGAGAAACAAGUUGCCGAAAUGAGAGGGAAAUCCACGCCUGAAAAGGUAAUGGAUAUAGUACACGCAGUAGAAAGCAUCGCGUUGGAGCCCUGCCCGCCUACGUCACCGGAGCCGCAGCACAAAACCACGACUGUCGUUAUGUCCAAACACACGCUCCAACCUCAGUCGUCUAGUUCACAAGCGGCACCGUCUCCCUUCGCGGUGUUCACAGAACAGAAAGUGAAGACGCCGCCACCGACGACCGCGGGAGGCACUCCCAUCGACACGACCCCACAGCAACCACCCAUCAAACAGAAACCACAAGUUCCCCGUAAACCGCAAAUCAAGCGAGUUAGUUUCACCCCACAUACUACCGACGACGUCGAAACAUCGAACACCAACGAACGAACUGAGCCCGACCCCGCAUCGCUUGGCUUGCAUGAGUCUCCGAGCUCGCCUACUAACGCAUGUCCGGACAGCGGCCCUUUACUAAUUCAACGUUCAACCACUAUCGAUGAACUUAACGAAACUGUUCCCUCCACCGUUCGCCCGGAAGACUUUAUUAUUCCCCCUCCACCGUUGUUCUCGACUAAAGUAAGUGAAAGUCAGUUAGUUCACAAGCGUAUGAACGAGAUAGGUGUUCCGCUAAUUGCCAUAGUUCCCGAACGCAUGGUCCUCCCGAAACCCAUCGUAGCAGAAACAACUGUUCAGUCAUCGAAUUCCACAAAUUCACCCGAAUCAGAAUUCCCUCCUCCGGUCAACUUUGAUGGUUUUCCUUCGAUAUCGACUGAGAAACUUGCCGAAGAUCGCGCGAACUCCUUUAUAUUCUCCGCAGUGCCUUCACAGCAAAUCUUUCACAACGAAAUCCCCUCCAUUGACAGUGAUACGUAUUACAAAGAACUUUCAGUCAGUCCAGGCGGUGAAGUCGAGCCACCCGAAUUGAUCCACGCACAUUACAAAACUCUUCCAACAGUCUCUCACGUUCCUAACUCACCUUGUUUGUUACAUCCAAGUAGAAAUCAAUUCGAUGAAUAUCACAGCCAGUCUUUAAAAGACUUGAGGGUCAAAAAUAUGUCGCCCUCUAUGGUGCACUCAGUAACAUAUCCCCAAUACAAUCCGUACCCCUCGUUAACGACUGUCGCGGGAACAUUUAAUCCUUAUACUUGUAUUGUGCCAGAAGUUUCGACUAAGUCGAUCAAUUCAAAUCAAAAAUCUCUCUCACCACUGCCGGUGACAUCCGUGGGCAGAGACUUCGGUGCACAAACCAUACCACAAAUCGUUCCCACCAGUAACGAUACCGUGCCAAAGACUCCGCAGUCGGAAAGGAGAGUCCGAUUCGGCGAAGUUACAAGUGAUGUAGAUUACGACACGAUGCCGAAAACCUUGGAACCGAUGAAGGAGUCCAUCUUGAAGCCUGCAUGGAGCAGCAAAAUCAAAUCCUUCGCCAUCGGCGAGGCUUCCCCUCCUCAUUCUGGUAAUUUUGUGAAAGCGUCUGUGAGCGAUAAGAAAAAGUUUUUCGAAAACGCAAUGGAAGAGAGCCACAAAGCGUCGCCCAAACCAGAAAAAGUUUUCACAUUUUUGUCGGCGGAUGAGGUGGAGAAAUUGAAGCAAGAAGAGGAAAGGAAGAUGGCGUCGCUCUCUCGCUCAGAGCUCGGCUCUUGGUCCUCUGGUGGAGAGCGACACAGUGGAGACAGCGAGCACUCCGACGAUGAGCCUUAUGAGAAUGGACAUAGCACAUCUAUGGGUGGAGUGAGCCCAUCGGCAAAGUCGCAGCGAAGACGAGCCGCUCGUGAGAAUUGCGAACCAGAGGACGAGAGCACGCGAGCUGCUCGCCGAGCCGCUUGGCGAGCAGCUCGGCUCCGGUCACUCGAACAGGAUGCGAUUGAGACCCAAAAAGCAAUUAAAAGCAUGGUUGGCCCCGCGCAUGAUGUCAUAGGCGAUGUGCCUCCGAGGGACAAAUCUCCUUCCGAGAAAUGGCCACGUAUCGCGUUGCGUACAAAACCGGGGCCGAUUCUGGCCGUCAAGGAGAAGGAAAAAUUGUUAGACGAGCGCAUUACACUACGCACCGAGGAGUACGUAUGCCCGAGCAGCGGCGAGACGAAAGUACGAACCGUCGAGUACAUUGAGAAAGUGAUUGAGAAAGAGGUGGAGACGACGCAAGAGAAGAUCAUAUCGUUAGAGUUGACAACGAGUCCGAUGAGCGAGAGCGCGCCCUCCGAGUUGGGCGAGAUGGGGCUGGGGGAGGGGGAGGUGGGGGAGCACUCCCUCCAACCUGACAUAGUGCAGGUCGUGAACCCCCUGCUGGACGGAGGAGCGGGCCACGUGACCGCCAUAGCCGUGGGGCCCACGGACAAACUCACCGCGUACACCGAACAACAGUAGCAUUAACAGAUUAUAGAUAUUAGACGGAGCACGAAGGGCACAAACAAUUAUUAAGGUAUCAUGAAACCUUUCCUCUUUGUUAACUAUUUAAAAAGUUUCGUCCCUCUAUUGAGUAUAUUCAAUAUUUAAAGAGUAUAAUGUUCUUCGCGCUCCGUCUAUUUUAUUAUUUUAAUCAGGGAAAACAUCAACGUUUCGUUUUCAAACAGGUCACUGUAUGUAGCGACACGUUUACGGAAAGUUUGCAACGGAAGUUACCUCUUCUAACAUGACAAAUUUGUAAUAUGGAAAAGUAUCACUAUUGCUUUCAGUCAAAGCGCAAAGUCGAGUAUUAAAUUUUCUGCAGAACCUGAAUGAUACGCCAAAGUUUUAUAAAUUGACUUACUAGACCACUCAAUACGUAAUUUGAACCGCCUUACUUCCGUAGCCGUGUCGAAACACUAAGAGAAUCCCUGGUAGUAUAUUGCUACUGGCAGACUCACAAACAAUGCCGUUUGGAACGAAAUAAUAGCCACUACCGCGUGGAGUUCGGCGUCACCGCAUUCAACUAGACUAUUUUUAUGCUUCUUUUAUAAUUUUGCUUUGUCGUGCAAAAUGUAAUUUAAGAAAUGUGGUAAAAAUAUUUUUAGUUAUAAUCCGCAAUGGUUAAUAAUGGAAGGCUCGUUGGACAUUAAAUAAAACGUUUUACUGACAUUAUUAUUAAUGGCGGCGCGUUUAAUCUGGCGCGUUACUUAAAACCCAUGACAACAUCAGCAAUUUGACUACAGCGUUACAAGUAUCUCUACCAUUACACCUAAUAUCAAUUAGCUCCAGAACAUAUACAGUCAUUUGUUAAAAGGCAUUUAUUUUCUCAAA